AUGAAAGUUAGAGAAAGAAUGCCGGUCGCUGUGCGCCUUGUUGAAGUGUUGACACUUGUUACGCUGUUGGGCAUAUUGACAGGAUUUUCAAUUUUUAUUGUUAUUGCACAAAGACUUGUGUUUUUGUUGUUGCUAUUAUUAACGCCAUUGACAUUUGUUAUUCAUUGUUUAUUGAGUAUAUCGGAGAAAAUUUUAGUUGGAUCGUUAACUGGCCUUUUGAGUGUAACGAAUAAUGUUGGAGGACAUAAUGUGGAUUAGCAAAUGGCCUUGCAAAUACUGUUACCGAUUUAAAACCUAACAAUUUAAUCUCAAAGAUCUGUAAAAUAAAACAAGAAAUUGUCCAGGGUGGGUAGUUUCAAUUUCAGAACUAAUUAA